AUGGCAACCAGUGAAGAUCUUGUAGAGAAGCGUAUAUACAUUGGUGGGCUUUUCCCGUCUGUCAACGAACAACUUCUUCGAGAUCGAUUCAGUCGUUAUGGCACGAUCAGCAACAUUACCAUUGCCAAAGAUAUUGAAGGGAAUUGUCGUGGAUUUGGCCAUUUUAACAUCAAAACAAUGCCAAAGCAAUGGGCCAGCUGUAGGUUUCGAUUUUUCUUUCUUGUGUAUCUCAGUGGGCAAGCAGAUUACACAGAGCGCAAACGAAAAGAAACAGAACAACAACAGCGGCAGCGGAUUGAACAGGCAUCACGGAACGUGUUCGAGGCAAAGGACAUGACGUUGGUUACGGAUAGAGUAGCAAAACAGAAACGCGGAUGGCGGCUGGGACGCUAUGGCCGCGGUAUCGCCAUUAUGCGGCUCAAAAAGCCAGACGGUACCGAACUGGUGUUUGAUCCAAAGCUCUAUUCAAACAACUUGACGAAACUCUACGAUGUUGGUGCAAAGGUGAAGCCUGUCAGUCGCUUGUCUAUGUAUUAUGGAGAUGAGAGAAAUGACGAUCAUGCAGCGCCUAUCUAUGAAGAUGAAGAAUUAUUGCAAUCAACGAACAAAGAUAACGAUAAACGGCUGGCUGCGAUGGAACGUCGCAAUCAAGAGGAAAAACAACGACAGGAAUUACUUCAACGAUCACUUGCAAGUGUUGGCAAUGAGGAACGAUCAAACCACGUUACUUUUGAAGCGAGUGACGAUGAAAAGGAACAGGGGACUGAAACCGAGUCUACUAAAGAUACUAAGGAAGUACGACCUGCACCUAGAGACGCUAAAUGGAUGUUUGACUCGGAUUCGGAGGAAGACGAGUCUAAAUUCGAAAUCAAAAUCAACCCUGUUCUGGAAGGCGAGAAAGGACGCGAACUGUUGGAACUUCAGAGCAAGUUCAAAGGUGACGAUCGUUUCAAGCUAGGCGAAGAUUUCAUGGAAGAAGAAGAAAAGGAUACCCAAGCCAAAGAGCGUAGCAAGUCAGAAGGCGAACCAGAAGAUGAAAUAUCCAAAAAUCUCACCGAUGAGAAAAACCAAUCGAUGGAUCUUCUUCGUGCUAUGUUUGGUGAAGAGAAAGUUGAAAAACUAUUGAGAACUUUGCGUUUUCUUGUUAACAUGUUUAAUAGUAAACCAAAGGAGACCCAAUGGAGCACCGGUGCACGUUAUGAUCCUGAUGCCGAGGAUGCCGACGAAUACUUGCGGAAACCUGCUGAGGAAGCGAGAGAUGAAAGCGACAAGGGACUUGGUGAUGAAGAGGAUGACGAAGUACCAGUCACGGCAAUGCCUGUUGUAUCCACCGAGAAGCAUUUUGAAGUAAACGUCAACAUGAAGCCUUUGUUUGGCGCACAAGAAGCUGAGCCGUUCAAAUUAUUUGGAGGCGAUGCAGAUACAGGUGCUGAAGAAAACAAUGAGCCAUCGUUUGGAGGCAUGCUAGGUUCAAGUAUCGAUUCUGAAAAUGACAGCGGCGCACCGAGUUUUGCUUCUAAACCAAAUAAAGAGUCACAUGUCGGCCUAGGCGUAUUAUUCUUUUUCCACACGAGCGAACCUUCGUUAAUGAAAAAGAGCUGCUUUGGUUAUGAUCCCAAGGGAUCAUUCCAGCGUACAGACUCAGAGGAUUAUGAGGCUAUUUGGAAGGAGAAGCGACCGGAAAUUGGGGAAAUUCUAAAGAAGCGACAGAAGCAAGCAGUACGGAGGCACAAAAAGCUUCAGACUCAAGGUGUUAAAUAA